AUGCUUUUUCGUUCAAUUGUUGGAAAUCGUCUCGGCAGACAACGACAAAAUGUUUUACCUGUACCCUGGACCAAGUACCCUUUGAGCUCACUCCUGGAAGGCUACCAGUGUGUUCGCCAUGAUGAACACAUCUCCUAUGGGAACCUUGGUGAUUCCGUGCCCCCGUUUGGAUUAUCUUUCUCCUCUGUACGAGAGAUUCAAGAUGUUCUGGCUGUGGCAAAUGAAGAAGGUAUUGUUAGGAUUUACAAUACAGAGGGACGAGGAAGCCAACUCCUGAAAGAAUGGCUGGCUCAUGAGAAUGCUGUCUUUGAUUUAGCAUGGAUGCCAGGAGAGUCUCAACUGGUAACUGCUUCAGGUGACCAGAUGGCCAGUUUGUGGGAUGUGAAGUCAAGUGAACUUUUAGGCAGCUUCAAGGGCCACCUCUGUAGCCUCAAAUCUGUUGCAUUUGCUCCUGAAGAAAAAGCUGUAUUCUGUACUGGUGCAAGAGAUGGAAAUAUUUUGGUGUGGGAUAUCAGAUGCAGUAAAAAAGAUGGUUUCUACAAACCAGUCAAACAAAUUCAGGGUGCUCAUAACAAAGCAGAGUCAAACCACUCAUCUAAAACAAAGAAGAGACGACUCAGCACUCGUGGCAUGGCUCCUAGUGUGGACACCCAGCAGAGUGUAACUGUGGUUUUAUUCCAAGAUCAGCACACCCUUAUCUCCUCGGGAGCAGUUGAUGGGGUUAUUAAGAUGUGGGACCUAAGGAAAAACUACACUGCACACCAUCACGAUCCAAUUGCCAUGCAGACGUACCCUUAUCCUGGUUCUUCUAUGCGCAUGCGACUUGGUUAUUCUGGACUUGCCCUGGACUCCACAAGGUCUAAUGUCAUGUGUAACUGUACCGAUGACAACAUUUACAUGUUCAAUAUCAGUGGAAUAAAAACUACACCAGAGGCAGUUUUCAGUGGCCACCAGAACUCAUCUUUUUACAUCAAGUCCACAAUUAGCCCAGAUGACCAGUUCUUGGCCAGUGGUUCAAGUGAUAACCACACAUACAUCUGGAAGAUUUCUGAUCCCAUGCAUCCCCCCAUGACUCUUCAAGGCCACAAUGAGGAAGUGACAUCUGUUGCAUGGUGCCCAACAGACUUCACUAAGAUCGCAUCCUGCUCUGAUGACCACACUAUACGCAUCUGGCGCCUUCAUCGUGAAAUAGAUAGGGCACAGUCAUCAGUAGGAGAGGCGAAUCUCGUUGGAUGGGCAUGUGCGAAGAGUCCACACAAACCUUCGAGCCCCACUGAAACAACCCCUGCUAAGGACCAGAGGGCUGAGAGCAUUGGAGUGCUGCCCUCUCCGCGUAUUGCCUCCUGUGCUCCAAGUGGGGCCGCCUUGCCUCUACCCUCCAGCACCACAUCCCCUGUCCAGUCACAGCAAGCAAAAGCCCCUAAUUGCCAGAGAACCCCACAUUCUAUCAAAUCAUGGCUAUCACCAAGACAAGGAUCUCCAAGCCAGAAAAGCCCACUGUUGCGUAAAGUACUGAGUCCAUGUCCUCAGAGCCCACCGGGCAGUGCAUCUACUAAGGCACCACGAGCUAAACGCAGGCUGGAGGCUGAUGAUGGCUUGUCUGAGGAAUGUGAUAGUGCAAAGCAGUGUGACUGUGUCUCAGAACUCUACUUGGUUGCCAAAAGAAGCCGGACCCAGUCUGGCAUCUGCUGCCAAGCUCAGGAGGGUCUCCUCCAGACAGACAGAUAUAAUGAGGAAGGGCAAGAAAAAUCAAAACAGACUGGCAAGGAGAACUGUAGCCCAGGAGUGACGGACUGGCUCUCAAUGAUGGGCCAAAAGAUGAGAGGUAGCCCAAGUCGUCCCCGUAGCCCCAGCACGGCAAAGAGACAAGCAGGCAAAGCACCAUCGUCACCGACACUAAGCUCGCCAGUGAACAUGAAAAAAAUUUCCUCUUAUUUCAUGAAGAGAUCUGCUGAGUGA